AUGUGCAAAACGGUGCGCAUAGGUGUACGAAAUGAGCCAACGAGGCCAACGAAGCUGUCUUCCGUGUCGUAACCGUCGUAACGAUCGGUAACGAUGGUGUCAUAAGCAGUCAUAAGCGUCACAAGGAUAUUGUGAAGAUUGUGAAUGGCGGUAGCUUCGUCAGUGACGUCAUUGAAGAACCGAGCGUGAAACAUUGAAGAACGCUAUAACGACUAUAACCAUCAACGUUUGAUCGUAGACCAGACCUGACGAUAGUGAUAUUUGGAACUCAGGCCAUGUGCUCAAGCAUGGCAAAUAUAUGGUAAUACACUUGUGUGUGCAUUUCAUAUUGCACAUGCUUGAGCUGAGGAGUUUCAAAAGUAACUAAUUGCUUGGAGCAGAGUCCUUCUUGAGAAGCAGAUACUAUCAAAAGAAGAGGGAAUAUUUCAAUCAUAUGCCAUUGACAACAAACUUCUAGAAUUCAGAUGGGAAAGAAAUAUAGCACCACUAUGACCAGAAUAUGUAUGUUUUGUCUUUGAUUAUUGCAUAACUCUCUGGUAUGAGGAUAAACCAUUUCUAGAGUAUGGUGGUGACUGAUGGUUAUGCUUUCUCGGAUUAAAAUAAAAAGAUAUGAAUUCAUUACUUUUCAGUGACAUGUACAAUUCAACAGUGAGUUUUCAUAGUUGAAUCCUUGUAAGAAAGAAAACUUACAGAACAUGUAUUUGAAAGUUCACUCAAAUUCCAGAGGAAUAAAUUAAUGUGUAAUUACUUCAGAUUCUGAGGAUGAACUGAAGAGAGUGUUAUAAAAUUUGUUUACCUGCUCAACAUGUGCUUGAAAGCAGAAGAACUCACUUCCAGCAGUUCUCAUAAAAUAAGACAUUUGUGUCACUAUUUACAAUAAUCAGUUAUGAAGCUGUGUGUAAGCAGGGACUGAUAUAAGACUCAGUAUCUUGCAUAAGGAGAAGUCCUGCACUGUUGAUUGUCACUCGUGCAGUAAACUGCUGCCGUGCAAUCACAGGCAGCCUGUUUCCAUAUCUUAUGAGCUUUCUGUAUUUCCCAGCCAUAAAGUACUAGUAUAGACUUCCAUAUUUGAUACAUGUAGGUUAAACGGCUUAAUGAGUAGUAAAUGUGCAGUUUUAUUGAACACAUGAUGUUACGACUGUGCGCAAGAAACUACCAACAAUGGAGGGGAAAUAAUUGGAUAUUUGUUAUUAAAUAUGCAACACUACCAGAAUCUCGUGAAAAUUCAUUCUGGUUGAACAGAGGAAUGAAGAAACAGAGAAAGCAGCAGCAGAGGUUCAGCAGCUUCCUGGUUUUAGAUUUUGAAGCUACAUGUGAAAGAGGAACAGCAAUCGAGCCUCAGGAAAUAAUUGAAUUUCCAUGUAUAAAAAUAAAUACAAAAACAUGUGAAGUAGAAGAUAUAUUUCAUCACUAUGUUCAACCAAAAGAAAAUCCAGUUCUAACACCUUUCUGCACAGAACUUACUGGAAUUAUGCAGGAAAUGGUAAAUAAUCAACUUUAUUUCAAAGAAACGUUUGUUCAGUUUCAAAAGUGGCUGGAGGAAACAGAAUGUUGGAAUUCACACAAUAAAAGCAUGUUUGUAACGUGUGGUGAUUGGGAUCUUCAGAUUAUGCUGCCAAAGCAGUGCCGGCUAUCCAGUGUGGAUAUACCAUCUGAAAUGAAGCACUGGAUAAAUAUUAAAAAGGCAUUUUCUGCUGCAACAGGUUACUUUCCAAGGGGAAUAAUUGAUAUGCUAACAAAAUUACAAUUACCUCAUCAGGGAAGACUGCAUAGUGGCAUAGAUGACUGUCAUAAUAUUGCAGCGGUUUUAAAAGAACUAAUAAAUAGGGGAUUUGUGUUUGAAGAAACAAGUCAUUUGAAUUUGGAUAAAAUUUGAAAUCAGCUAAACAUCAUGUACCAAGCUAAAGUCACCAGUGGAUGAAGGAGCACUUUGAUAUUAAGAGUUUAACUUGAUGCUUAUUGACAUAAUAUUUGCUUCCCUGUGUGCACAUAAUAUAGGAACAAUACAGUCUGUCCAGAAAUAGUAUCUUUUUGUUAAUAUUGUUCUUUUUAAUUCAAUACAGGCAUUUUCACUGCUGCCAGGAAGGGUGAUGUAGCAGUAAUGCUUUAAUAUUUGUUGGGAGGUGCUCAGUGUGAAUCUCAGCCAGGGCACUAGUUAUCCUGACAAGGCAUAAUAAAGUAAAUUCUUCUUAUUCUUACUAUGUUAAGUUUAAUAUGAGGUUAAAUAUAAUUUGUGUGUUCUUGUGCCA